AGUUGACUCUGUAAUGACCAAUAAAAAUGAUUUACCAUCCAAGAGUCAGACUGAGAGAGACACUUAGUUGUGAAUGCACAGAUAUUCAAGGACCUAAAAAAGGGUAAAACAGUAUCAUGAAUAAGAUCCUGGCCAUUAUAAGCCUAACGGCAUUUCUCUGUUAUGGCGUGCAGAGUUCUGACACAUCAUAUAAAGACUUAAGAAAAAAAGUAAUCAACUCUGGGACUGUAGUCUUUUUAAACUUCCUGGAUAAAGUAAAAAAUGCUACAGAGAAAAUCGUGCGAGAUCUCAAGUUUCGAAAAUCUAGGAUUGCUAUCCAAGAAUACCUGAAAACCUUAAGAGAUUUUGCACAAAAAAUCAAUGAUAUUGAUAGAACUAAAGACAGCAUAAACCAUUCAGAUUUGUUACCACAGACAUAUCGCACAUUGCUAUCGUUCUCUGAAGAUCUUAUGAGUGGUGCAAUGAUCAGGGAGGUCACUGACAACUUUUUCUUUCCAUACAUGAACAUUUAUCGUGGGACCUUUAAAAAUGAGACAGUGGUGGAGUUUUGGACACAUGUGGAGUCAAACUACCUUCCAGGAGCCCCUCCGAUUUACAGUAAACCCAUGGAUUUCUUCAGUUACCUUCUGGCCAAGGCGGUGGUGAAAUCCCAGCUAGUGAAUUUGCUCAAUGCUGCAGUGAAUAUUGUUUUAGAAAUGAGAAAAGUAGAUUUCAACGAACUUCAUCUGGAUGUGCAGAUGGUGAUGAAUCAAGUUAGAGAAAAGGCCAAUGAAAUUUCAGCCACAGAGAGGCAAAAAGAAAAGAAUGAUUUUCUUGUAUCAUUAAGAACUGCAUCUAGACUGAUUGAUUUUUACUGGGAUAAAUGUUUGGAACAAACUGAAAGUGUGUCAUUCAAUACGGAGUACUUAGAUUCCAUGAAGCGAUGGUCGGAACUAACAGAGUUGAAAAACACAAAUGAAAAGUAUCAUGUGCUUAUCGAUCCAAAUACAUGGCAUGAAGCUUUAAAUUGGAUUGAUCAUCAUUUUGGUCAGUUCUUCAACAGCCUUGGCCUCAGAUUUAAUAGAUGUGGAAAUGAAGUUUUUGGUUGUGAUCGAUUCAAUAAAACCAGCUGGAUCAUCCUCAAAAUUGUUGUUGUUUACUCGGUUCCUGUUUAUGAAAAGCUGUCUGAAAGUGGACUUGGAAUCAAUCAGGUCAAUCAGUUUCUUAACAGAGCUAACAACAUAAUCCUUAUUCUUGAAGGAAAUGAUUCAUCCUAUUCAAAACAGACCUUUUGGGAGAGCAUAAUUCGUGGUAUUAAGUUUUUGCUUGAUUUUGUCAUUGAAAAAGAGAAAGUCACAGGAAAAGAUAAUGACCUGUUUCUACCUUUGCGACUAAUUAAGAGAGUGCUAAUAGAAUUUUGGACAGUGUGUCUCCUUGUGGAAGGAUACAGCCAUUUUGAUGAGGCAGAAUUUAAGCAAUUAGCAAGGGAAUGGGAUGAUGUGAAGACCAUCUUUAUUAAUGAGUUAAUGAAAAGUGGAGAACUGACCCAAGAGAAGCUUGAAGAAGCACAAAAGAACUUUGUUAAUUUUAUUUACCGGAUCCUGGAUAAACUCAAGAAAUUUGAUGAAAAUUCUCAAGAAUUUGAUGAAAGGAUUAAUGCCACUGUAGCAGCAAUGAAAAGGACGACACUUCGCAUAAACAAGAAUCUUCAUCAGACCUGGGACUUGCUGGUGGAAUAAAAUCUAAUUUAAGUGUAUAUUCUCAGGAAAUUAACUUUUGCAGGUAAUAAGCAAAGCCAUACCAGCAAUGUGUUAACAGUGGUAGUAUUAAACUGUAUAUUGACAGUCUCUCUCUGAGAGACUAUUCAUAUAAUUUCUUUAGUAAGUACUAAGUAAAACCAAUAAUCAACGUUUACAGUUCAUUCCACUGUUAUCCUUUACCUUUGCACCAAAAAACUUUCAUUGAAAAUGUAAUUACAUUAGAGAUCAGUUUUACAAAUUGCUUAUCAUCCAGAAUCUCAACACGUUAAAAUGUUUGAAAUUCAACUCUGCUAAACAACAUUGUGCUUUAAUGUUAUAGAAUUAUUUUAAACUGAAACUAAACUAAACUGUUAAACAAAAUAUAUUGUGGUUUCAAUGCAUGCUUAGCUUGCAGUGUUGAUAAAAAUGUGAAAAUAUUCUGUUUAACAAGAACUAAUAUAACAAUCUUGCUGUGUAUUCAUCUGUUGAUAGUUUGUGAGUAAAAAUAAAAUUGUUUUUUUUUUUUUUAAAUAAAGACUCAAAUGUUGUCUUUGGAAUAUUG